AUGGUUCGAAGUCUCCUGUUGUUGACAGUUCUGAGCCUCACGGCAGGACUGUCGGUGGCGAGGAGGUGUCAGAACAUCACGAUACCCAUUUCAAUCUCAUCUCGCAACGGUAUCUUUAGUCUUGCCACUCCGGCCAAUGACGUAGACGUCACCGACUUUGUGUUGAACAACUAUCGAGCCGGUGUUAACUACACGGACGAUGUGCUACAAGGCUACAAAACGAUCGAAGCCAACUACAAUCUUGCAGCAACAUACUGUACUCCAGAAUCUGGACACGGCAAAUCGCUUCAAGUGCUGACGCAUGGCGUUGGUAUUAAUCGCCAUUACUGGGACUUCUCGUACAACAAUUACAACUACAGCUAUGUCGACCGUGCCCUUGCGCAGGGCUAUUCGACUCUUAUAUAUGACCGUCUUGGCAUCGGCGAAUCGUCCCGCGGUGACCCCAUUCAGGAGCUUCAGGCCUCGCUCGAGGUCUCGGCUCUGCAUCAGUUGACCAAACUGCUUCGCCAGUCCAAGGUGCCCGGGAUAAAGACUAAAUUCGACAAAAUCUUUCAUGUUGGCCAUAGUUUCGGCUCCAUAUUAACGUAUGGUCUCACAACAAAGUACCCCGAGGAUUCGGAUGGGAUUGUCCUCACAGGGUUCAGCAUCGAUGAAACCUUCUUCGCGUGGUUCGGCUACGCUUCCAAUUGGGUCGUGGCAAACACCAAUCCGGCCUUUAAGCAGUUUCCUAAUGGCUACGUUGCUCUGGGGACUGCUCAAGCCUUUCAGGCAGUGGCAUUUGCCCCAUCCAACUUCGACCUCGCCCUUCCGGCUGCAGCAAACUCGAUCGCGCAGCCUAUUCCUAUUGGUGAAAUUCUCACCAUAGGUAGCCCACAAGAAGUCUCGAAUCCUUUCAAGGGCCCGGUUCUUGUUGUAGAUGGGGAUCGAGACCUGAUAUUUUGUGGAGGGAAUUGUUCGUCUUCUACGCCAUCGGCCGCAGAGCUAGUCCGGCCAAAAUUCACCAAAGUAACCGACUUUGAGGCUGUGAUUGUUCCUCAGACAGGGCAUCUGCUAAACUUUUUAGCGCAGCUUAUUGCAACAGGCUGA